UCGUAUGCGAGAAUAUGUACGUCGUGGUAUCCCAUCAACCCCGCCGACAUGUUUUCAUUUCGUGAUAAUAAUAUUCUCUAUAUAGUUAAUGUGUACAAUACCACGAUUGUUGUUACUGAAUAUUGAAUAUUGUGAUCAUCCGUGAAUCGUGAAUAACAGCGAGUUUUAGGCACGACUGUCUAGACGACGCAUAGUGCAGUUAUUGCAGUUGAUGUAGUCGUCGUCGUCGUCGUCGACCAACACCAACACACGCGACUUAUUGAUAAUAAUAAUUUAAAAAUACGAUUAUACAACAAACACACGUCACACGCACACACACACACACCACACAAACACACACACACACACACACACACAUACCCCGAAACCGGUAAGAGAAGAAAAUAAUAUCACAUUAUUGUACGGAACGGCAGAAGGGCCAACGACCAGCCAGCGCGCCGCAUCAACAAACCGCCGCCGAUUCCACAUUUUGUCCGAUUGCAGUGCGGUGUACGUACUCGGCAUCCGUUCGAUCAUCUCUCUUUAGUUUAGCGCAAUAUUAUUAUGUCUGUGUUACCGCGGAGAAUACUCAAGGAGACGCAACGUCUGAUGCAGGAACCGGUGCCCGGAAUCAGUGCCAAGCCGGACGAAGGAAAUGCGAGGUAUUUUCACGUUAAAGUCACGGGGCCCGAAGACUCACCUUUUGAAGGGGGCCUGUUCAAGUUGGAACUAUUUUUGCCCGAAGACUAUCCAAUGUCAGCGCCAAAGGUUCGCUUCAUCACUAAAAUUUACCAUCCAAAUAUUGACCGACUUGGAAGAAUAUGUUUGGACAUACUCAAGGACAAAUGGUCCCCAGCAUUGCAGAUCCGUACUGUUCUUUUGUCCAUACAAGCGUUGUUGAGUGCACCAAAUCCAGACGAUCCAUUAGCAAACGAUGUAGCUGAACUAUGGAAAGUCAAUGAAAUUGAAGCCAUACGCAAUGCUAAAGAAUGGACACGCAUGUAUGCCUCAGAAAACUGAACAAUACGCUUUAAGUGAGGAGUAUAAAAAUAAAGUUAAAAGUUAAUAAUUAUAAUAAUAUAAAAUACUCUGAAUGAAAACCAUUCUAAAUCGAGCAAUAUACUUUAUAUAUUUUUUUCCAACAGUUGUCUUUUAACUAAUGGAAAUUUAUUAAGAAUUAUAGAAAAUGGUAAUGAUGGAAUAUAAUUGUUAACAUAUUGUUGUUUCCUCAAAUUGUAUUAUUAUGCCUUUGGUAUGUAAUCACAAUGAUAACUUAAAAGGGUAGGAAGUUUUACUAGCCUAUUCUACUGAAUGAAAUAUAGAACUGUUAAGUCAUCAGUGAAUACUAGUAAUUUACUUAUAUAUAUUUAUGUAAAACCUAUGUAUUUUCAUUUUAAUGUUGUAAUGCUUUUCAUCAGUUAUAUCUUAAUUUAAACUUGUUCGUAAUCUUUUAUUAUUCAAUUUUUUUUUAUGAUUAUUAUUAUAUUGCUGAGAUUUAUCAUUCUUGUGUGAAUAAAACAUUUAUUUAAGACUUA